UUAAAGAAUUCUAUGUAAACAUACUCCUAUACAUUUAAUUAUGAUGUACAUGUAGGUCGUUGUUAAUGUAGAUCUAAGUAUUGUGUUACUCUAAUGAAAUAUGAUAUUGUUAUAAGCAUUUUCUGAAAAUCAGAUUUAAAUCAAAAUAAGAGCAACAUUUAAGGUUGACUACUGAAUGCAUGCAUGCAUAUUAUUAAACAAAAUACAGGAAUGCAUUGUUCUGAUUGUGGACUAAAUAUUUCAAGAUAUUAGUUAUAGGAAAAGAGCAGAAUGGGGUCAAUGGUGUUGAUUGCGAUAUUUAUGUCAGGAUUUCCCUACCUUGUACCUCUUGUUUAUGGAUAUGAUGUUACAGCACCAGGUUUAAACAGGCCAGAACCACCAAAGUUUGUAGAAAAUCCGACCUGGCCUGACAGGAGCUAUUAUGAUGAAGAUGGUCCAGCUAUUGUGCUUAACUGUAGAUUGACCAAUAUUAGUUACACUCUACUCUGGUACAAAAAUGGUCAGCCUUUAGAUGUUGUGAAAAACCAACUUUUGCUACAAGACCAAAAUCAGACGCUGGUUUUUGAGGACCCAAAACAGUUCCAGUCAGGGGUGUAUAAAUGUUUGGCCUAUAAUAUAGCAGGAAAUGUCAGUCAUUCAGGAGAUAUUCUUAUAACAGAAAGAAAACAGGAGACCAGACCAAGAAUUAUUCAGACAGAACCAGUCAAUACAGUAAAACAUGCAAAAAUUGGUGACACAGUCAACAUCAGCUGUACAUAUGAUGUAGGAGGGUCAAUUGAAGCAUUAAUGGAUUUGGAUGUGGAAUGGUUUAAAGGUCAACAGUCUGUAAAUGAUACAAGUCACACAACAUAUGGCCUCAACAACACAUUCACCAACAACAAAAUAUCUUCUCUCAAUAUUGACAAACUUCAGGAAUCCGACUAUGGGACAUAUAUGUGUUAUGGUGUGAACUCAAAGGGUAAUGACUCUAGACUGAUAUCAGUUGAACCACCAGAGCAUAAACUAAAACACCUAUCUCUCAGCCUGAUCAUUGGCUGUAGCACUGCAGGGGUCGUUGCUAUGGUAACCAUGGUUGUCAUAGUGAUAGCUGUAAGACAUAGAAGAUACAAGAUACAAAAGCAGUAUGAGGAACUGGAAUGGCCAGAUCCAGAUUUCAGCCAGUAUGAAGUGCCCGACAGGAAGAUAGAGUAUGAUGUGUUUGUAUCCUACAGCAGUGAAGACAUAACAUGGGUGAAAGAUGUGCUGUUUGAAAAACUGUGCCAACAAGGGUACAAUGUGUGUAUUGACUUUAAAGAUUUUACUCCAGGUGUGGCUGUAGCAGAAAAUAUAAUGGAUGCCAUAUAUAAAAGUCGAAAGACAAUAGUACUUAUGUCGGAAAACUUUCUGAAGUCUAUGUGGGGUCAAUUUGAAUUACAGCAAGCACAUAACAGAGCUAUUUUGCAGAGGACUGAUGUCUUGAUACUUAUCAAACAUGACAACAGCAAGGUUCCUGGGAAACUUUUGGGUAAAACUUUCCUUGAUUGGUCAGAUUUGAAAGUUCAGCCCCAUUUUUGGUCACGCCUCUUCGAGGCUAUUGGUGAACCAGGCAAAUAUACUGAAACGGGUGAUACUUUCCAAGAUACUGAUUCUAUUAAUAGAAAACUAUCUGAGGCUAUUCAGGAAACAGAAACGCCUGAGGACUUAAAAGAAGUCGAGAACAGGCAUAAAGAUGGUAAAACCGGAGAAGAGAUUAAUAAUAUUUCUGAAGGAGAUCAAAAUGAUUAUGCAAAGUUUGUGAACUUAGAUGAAAAUGAGAAUACUGACUUCACAGUGGAUAUAAAAGGAGAUGGAACAUAUGCAAAUAGAACAGAUAACAGGAUAGUUAAUAAUGGCGAUGUGAUAGGUCGUAGUGAUAAGAUGAUUGAUAUUCAGGGUGUAAAUUAUGAUGAAGUGUUUAUAGAUGAUAUGAAUAAACAGGAAGACUUCUACAAGGAUACAGAUAUUAUAAUAACAAUAUAGUGUGCUCUCUGUAAAAAUUUUAGAGUAGCCACUUGAACAUACUAUGUAGUAAGUGGGCAGCAGUGGUAUACUCCAGGGUUACAUUUUUAAAACAUGGUUAUUUAUUAUGGCAAUAAACAGCAUUAGAUUGUGUUAUUGCAAGUAAUUUUGCAAGCUGCUGGCAUUGAUAUAGGGAACUGAGUAUAGGCUUUAUGUGCAGCUAAAAAUCAUCAGUAUUGUAGAUUUUACAAUCAUGAUUACAGAUUGAUACAAAAGGGUCUUUCCAUGGUAACAUGUAAGCAAAAUUAAUAUAUAUUUUGAACCAUUUAACCUUUAUCAUGCUUAAAAUCUUAAGUAGACUUGUCCAUCUUUUGAAGUGGAACAGUCAACACUGCAGACCAUGGAUAAUGGCAAGGGUUGUGCUAUCUGAUCUUGGUCUACCCUGGUUGCUAGGAUAGAUACUGCAGGCAAAGGGUUUAUUAAAGAUAAGGAAAACAAAAACUAAAUAGAUGUUAUGAAACAGUUGGCAAUUUUGAUAUUCAAACCUGUGUAAGCUGUUAACACAAUUUGUCAUACAAGUUGUAUAAUUGAAGAUAUUUUCAGUUGUAUGGAAAUGUGGCUAUAUCUUAACUAAAUAUGGUAAUUUUCUUUGAUUCAAAUGUUGUAUAACAUACCUUUGACCUUUCAAAGUACCGUCAAAUAAAAGAUGUAAUAGAAAGAGCAUUGAAAUUUGAGGUUAUCUGAUUUGUGCAAGGGGGUUUUAGCUGUUGGGUAGAAAUCAGAUAGCCAAGAGUUUUGAUCAUGUUAUUUCUCUCUUGUAUCAUAGCCUUAAAGUGGCCUUUAGCUUUUAUUUUCUGUUUGGAAAACAAUACUGUAUUGUUUCAAACUAAGUAUUUCAGUAAUUUUAUUUUAUUAUGGAAAAUUGCAUCAAAACAGUGUCACAAGAGCUAUUUAUAAUGCAUAAGUGAUGUUAGUUUUAACAAUAUUUAAUUCCAGAAUUUACAAAACAUAAAUAUACAUUACAAACAGAAGACAUUGUAUAAUAAGAGACAUGAUAGACUGAAGAUAAUUAUAAGUUAAUGAUAUAGAAUGCUAAAGAAAUUAUUAACUAAGUUAAUUUAAUUCGGAAGAAGAUUUGAAAACAAGUCCAAGACUUAUGUAAAUUAAUAGAAACAGUCUUUGUAAUAGUUGUUCCAAGAAUUGACCAUAGGAUUAAAGAAGCAACAUAAUUUGACUGUAAAUGAAUUUUAUAAAAAUUAUUCAUUAGAUAUACAUAUUUUACACCCUGUAAGGUAAACUAAUCUACUAGUAUAUUUUCAUUUUUAUUAUCAUUAUCAAUAAUAUACUAUUGUAUAUCCUAUAUGAUGACUGAAUAACCUAUAUAAUAUAUUAAAUAACUAUGUUCUAAGUUGAUUUAACAAGGUAAGUUACUCUGUUAAAUAAAAAAUAAUAAAUGUUUUAUAGGUUGUGUCCCUUUGCUGUGUGUGUUUUAGAAAGACAUUGGACUACUGAAGUUUUCACUUCUUAUUAUUUCUUUUUGUGAUAUGGCAGUUAAUAUAUAUAAACAUUGUGUAUAUUGAUAUUAUACUAAAAGAUAUGCAGAGAAAUAAAAAUGUAAAAGAA